AUGGCGCCUCAUGCCGACGAGAAGGAGAUCCAAGGGGAGAACACGACGCUGCUCCCCACCAAGGAGCUGGCAGCUCGCCCGCAGUACCGCUCUAUCAUCGUGAGCGUCUGCUCUUUCAUCCUCGUGACCGAGUUCUGCGAACGUCUGGCCUAUUACGGUCUCUCGGGGUCUCUCCCGAUCUUUUUCCACCGGAAUUUGGGGCUCAGCACUGUGCUGGCCACCGAGUUGAACUCGACCUUCACGUCGCUCUCGUAUCUGACGCCGCUGCUGGGCGCGUACGUGGCCGACCGCCACUUGGGUCGCUUCAACACCAUCAUUCUCUUCUGCUCCCUGUACAUCGCAGGCCUCGCGUUGUGCGUGUUUGCAUCCCUCCCCGCGGUGUCCUCUCUUCCGCUUUUCAUGUUGGGACUUUUCGGUGGCGUGGGUUUUGGCGCAGGCGGAAUAAAACCCAAUGUCGUGGUGCUUGGAGCCGACCAAUUCGACGUCGCUAUCCCAGCCCAACGCGCCGAAAAAGACAGUUUUUUCAACUGGUUUUAUUGGGCUAUCAACGUUGGCGCUACGUUCAGCUACGGCGUGUUAACAAACUUGGCAGUAAACGGCCUCCCGCCGUAUAUUUCACGCGAUUUCGGCUUCUUCGCGUCGUUUGCCAUCCCGUCGGCGGCUUUUGUGCUCGCCGCGUUGGUAUUUUACGCCGGAAAGAAACGUUACCGUCGCAUUCCACCCAAGGGGAGCGCGCUGAGCAAGUUCUUUUCCGUGCUGACUCAAGCAGGUGCACGCUCGAGACGUGGCAAACUUGUACUCAGCGGAGGUCUGGCGUUCGCUCCAGGAAUUGUACUCACAACCGCGUCAUACUUUAUUCAAGAUGCAUUCAUCCACAUGGCCGUCGCUCUUGUGGGUGCAGGAGCUGUAGCGUACGGUACGUUCGUGCUGAUCUUCUCGGGAGCUAAAACGGAUUGGCUGCGCUUAGCGACGCGUACGAAUGGAGGGUCCUAUUCGGCUCAGGAGGUGCAGGAUGCAGCACAAGUUGUACGACUGGCGCCGUAUCUGGGAGUCAUAAUCAUUUUCUGGGCUGUUUACGGCCAGAUGAACUCGAAUUUCGUCGUCCAAGGCUGUCAAAUGGACUUGAGAGUCAAGGGACGGGACGGAGUGCUGCUGUCCUCUGCCAUGCUCAAUAUCGUCGAUUCCGGCGUCAUUCUGGUGUUUAUCCCCGUGUUCGACCGCGUGUUGUACCCACUGCUGACCCGAAUGGGGAUCUACCCGACGUUACUGCGCAAGAUUGGAGCGGGGCUGGUGUUCUCGAUGCUGGCGAUGCUGGCAGCAGGCUGGACGGAGCAGAUCCGGAAGAGUAGCCCCUUAAUUGCGGGAAUUCCCUCGAAUUGCAGUGCGGCAGGCGAGAGUCUCCCCAUGUCAGCGAUCAGUGUUUGGUGGCAGACACCGCAGUAUGUUCUCGUGGGGAUUGCUGAGAUCCUCACGAGCAUUUCAGCGUACGAUUUGUUCUACUCGGAGGUCCCCGAGUCCAUGCGCAGCGUCUGCCAAGCGCUCAAUCUGCUCACGACGACGCUGGGCUUUAUCGUGACUGGAGCGCUGAACAGCAUUUUCUCCUUCUGGGUCACUAGCGACCUCAACGACGGACAUCUCGAGUACAUCUACUUCAUGUUGGCGCUACUGGUGCUGGUGCUGCUGGUAGCGUUCAUUCUGGUGUCGCAGUCGUUCGAGUACCACGUGCCUCCACCAGGUCUCGAUACGGUCUCGGGCUUCUCUCCGGCACUCUCACGUGCUGCCAGAGAGCUCCGUAAGAAGUUGCAGUUCCAACGCAAUGGUAGAAAGUAA